AUGGUCCUCUCCUCCUCCUCUACCAUUAAGCACGACAUGGAGUAUGCUCAUCGUUUAGAAGAACUGUAUGCAGCAGAAGGAGAUGAAACUAUGCGAGCUAAGGUGCCUGAGUUUAUGAAAAGGUACUCAUCCUGCCCGGCACUCUUCUACCGUUUAGUAAAGGAGAAGUUCGAGAGGAUGGCUAAUGCAAGGGUAGCUGUAGUACAACCCAGCACAGAACCGACAUAUGGAGAUCCCAUGGACGUGAUGAUGGGUGAAGCAGCGGCAGGGGGAGAGGAGACAGCAACAGCCGAGUUCACGGAGGACUUCCGACCCGAUUCAACACUUCUGGAGAAGGGCAAGGCUGAGCCGAGCAAAGGGGUGCGGCAACCCAGCAAGAAAAAAAGAGGAACGCUACCACCAUUGGACUCCACGGAAUAUGACGUUUUCAAACGCUACUUUAACACCCUGCGAUCUGAGGAAGGUCAUAUAUACACAUUGCCGACUUCUGGAGCGCCUCUCAAGUGCGUUUGGUGUAAAUCUGAGGAGCACGGCACAGAUAGAUGCCCUUUGGGAAGAUGUGGUCAGUGUGGCGGCAUGGGACAUGGAGCGGAAAAGUGCGAUGAUAAGAAGGCUGAUGAGGAUGUCGAGGCUGCUGUGGAGGAAUCGGUAGCGAUUGUCCUGGGAAAGGGGACAAGUAAUGUGUCGAAGGACGAGGCGGCAUUUGUGUUGGACUCGCUCAGUUUCCUCGAGAGGCUCCUCACACUAGCAUGGGAACUCACCCACGAGUGCAUUACGUGUGGGGGACGAGGCCACGGUAUGUAUUGCAAGGCUAAAAGUUUCGGACUAUGGCAGAAGCCCAGCAAGAGUAUGAUUUUGGGGGGAAUUGAAAAACCAACUUCACAACAUCAUAAUCAUCAUCAUCGGCAUAGUAGUGAGAGCCGCACUAAGAAGGUGGAGGAGGAAGAGGCGACGGGAAAGAGCAAGGCGGAUGCGGGAUCCAGAACUCACGAGUCAAGAAGAACCAAGCCGCGGGAGUCGACAGAGAGGCAUCGCACGCUAGCAGUUAGUCUUAGACGCUCACCUGAGGGACGGAGUGAACGAGGAAAGUCAACGAAGGAUGAUAAGAAGGCUGCAAUGCCAAAGCCUGGCGGAUCCUUCUUUGCUAACUUACCUCCAUUAAAAGAGGAUCGACCGGCCCGACGAGGCAAUUCACGAAGGGCUGCAGUAGACGCUAAAACUGCGGUGACUGGUGACAGUAGAUGGGCAGGAGUGGGCACGGAUGGCUCGGCUGGGGGAGAGGAAAGGCAGUGGGAAUAUGACUCAUAUGGUAGAGGGUAUCAUCGUGAUUAUCAAACCAAGGCGGCGGCGGCGGCGACUGGGGCCCCCGGCAAGGACGAAUUCGGACGGGCAUUAACGUUGAGAUCUCGAGAGGAAAGCCAGAGAGCGACUGAGAGUUACUUGAGGCCACGUGAAGAGUCGGCAGCGGCGCCUACUGCUGCUGCUGCUGUCAGCGGUAGGAAAAGAGGGAUAGCCUUCGGUCCAGGUGGAGGGAGAGCUGAGAGAGACUAUUAUGGUGGAGGAGGGUCUUCGAGGCGGUCUUGGGAAGGCUCGGCUUACGAACAGGACGAUCUUACUAGUUGGACACGACGCGGGGAUGAGGCGACCCGCGUGAUUGAUGAUGAAGCGAGCAAUCUGAAUGCUCGUCUUAUAGAAGUUGACAUUACAGACCUGGACGGUAGGCGGAAGGUUGUUCUGCUGACACCCGGCAGUACCAUGUCCGACCUGGUAGAAUGGUAUGCAGCUCGAGCGCCAGACCCAGCCAAAGUGAGAGUCGUGGAUGUUAACUCUGGCGUUGACUACGGCAAUAGGGAGGUGACCGUGAAAAGGCUGGCCGACAAUCAACUAGGCCGAGUUUGUUGGCGCCUCGUACGUAUGUUCUUUGCUACUCCAUCGACGUACCGCAGCAAGUUGAACUGGACAUGCAGGACAUUCCAACGUUUUUUCACGGGGUAA